UCCCACAGUUCUGUGCGCUCGCAGCCAUUUCGGUUUCCCCAUCUGCAGUUUAACGUGCUGCAGCAUAAACUCAGUGUAUUUCUCUUAUUUCGUUUUAAUUGCACAUAUUUGUGGUUCCAGAACAAGAUUUUUCUGCGCGAGCCGUGUGAAGACUUUGAAUUGCCAACAUGCCGCGGAUUAUGAUUAAAGGAGGCGUGUGGCGCAACACAGAGGAUGAGAUUCUCAAAGCAGCUGUAAUGAAAUAUGGCAAAAAUCAGUGGUCUCGAAUCGCAUCCCUGCUGCACCGCAAAUCAGCCAAACAGUGUAAAGCCAGAUGGUAUGAGUGGCUGGACCCCAGCAUUAAGAAAACAGAAUGGUCACGUGAGGAAGAGGAGAAACUUCUUCAUUUGGCUAAACUGAUGCCUACUCAGUGGAGAACAAUCGCCCCUAUCAUUGGACGAACGGCUGCUCAGUGUCUGGAGCAUUAUGAAUUUCUGCUAGAUAAAGCUGCUCAGAGAGAGAAUGAAGAUGAUGUUGGCGAUGACCCUCGCAAACUAAAACCGGGAGAGAUCGACCCAAACCCUGAGACCAAACCAGCCAGACCUGACCCUGUGGAUAUGGAUGAAGAUGAGCUGGAGAUGCUGUCUGAAGCAAGAGCUAGAUUGGCCAACACACAAGGCAAGAAGGCAAAGCGGAAGGCAAGAGAGAAACAGCUGGAGGAAGCACGUCGUCUGGCAGCUCUUCAGAAGCGCAGGGAACUGCGAGCGGCAGGUAUAGACAUCCAGAAAAAGCGCAAGAAGAAGAGAGGUGUCGACUAUAAUGCUGAGAUCCCGUUUGAAAAGAAACCCGCUCAGGGUUUCUACGAUACGUCCAUGGAGCUGUAUGAUCCUUUGGAGCCUGACUUCAAGCGACUGCGCCAGCAGCAUCUGGAUAAAGAUCUCAGGAGUGAAAAGGAGGAUCGCGAACGAAAGAAGGACAGACAGAAGAUCAAGAAGAAGAAGGAGUCAGAUCUGCCUUCGGCCAUCUUGCAGACCAGUGGAGUGUCAGAGUUCACAAAGAAGAGAAGCAAACUGGUGCUUCCGGCACCACAGAUCUCUGAUGCUGAGCUGGAGGAGGUUGUCAAACUGGGUCAGGCCAGCGAAAUCGCCCGUCAGACCGCAGAGGAGUCUGGGAUCACCAACUCUGCCUCCAGCGCCCUCCUGUCUGAAUACAACGUGACCAAUAACUCCAUGGCCCUGCGCACACCCAAAACUCCAGCGGCACAGGACAAGAUCCUGCAGGAAGCCCAGAACUUAAUGGCACUUACGAACGUGGACACCCCUCUUAAAGGAGGACUGAAUACCCCCCUCCAUGAGAGUGACUUCUCUGGUGUCACUCCACAGAGACAGGUGGUCCAGACGCCCAACACCGUGCUGUCUACACCCUUCAGAACCCCCAGCCAUGGAGCGGAGGGCAUGACCCCUCAAGGUGGAAUGACUCCUAAACCCUCGGUGGGCGUGACCCCGGGAAGGACCCCGCUGCGGGACAAACUCAACAUAAACACAGAGGAGGGGAGUGUGGACUACAGUGACCCGUCAUUUGCCAAACACUUGCAAAGGGAGUCCCGCGAGCAGCUCAAGUUGGGCUUGAUGUCUCUGCCUGUGCCCAAAAAUGAUUUUGAGAUUGUUCUUCCUGAAAACGCUGAGAAAGAGCUGGAGGAAGCUGAGGUGGACGAGAGUUUUGUGGAGGAUGCGGCCGAGAUAGAACUGCGUAAACAGGCCAUAAGAGAUGCUGAGAGGGAGAAGGAGCUGCGUCAGAGACACACGGCAGUUCAGAGAGAUUUACCAAGACCUUCAGAGGUGAAUGAGACGAUACUCCGGCCUCAUAAUGUGGAGCCGCCUCUGACGGACCUGCAGCUGGCAGAAGAACUCGUCAAGAAGGAGAUGAUCACCAUGAUCCACUACGACUGUCUGCAUCACCCCUUCAGUGACAUCCAGGCCAGGAAGGGUAAAGGAGUGGGAUCCAGCUCCAACAACGCAGAGCACAUCUCCUACCUGGAGAAAACACCGUAUGAUAAGAUCUCGGAGGAAGAGCUCAAAAAGGCAGGAGAGCUGCUGGGCCAGGAGAUGGAGGUGGUGAAACAUGGGAUGAGUCAUGGUGAUCUCUCUAUGGAGGCUUAUAAUCAGGUGUGGGAGGAGUGUUACAGUCAGGUCCUGUACCUGCCCGGACAGAGCCGCUACACCCGAGCCAAUCUGGCCAGCAAGAAGGACCGAAUCGAGUCUAUGGAGAAGAAGCUGGAGAUUAACAGAGGUCACAUGACCACAGAAGCCAAGCGUGCGGCGAAAAUGGAGAAGAAGAUGAAGAUUCUUCUGGGCGGGUAUCAGUCUCGGGCCAUGGGACUGCUCAAACAGCUCAGUGAACUCUGGGAUCAAGUGGAACAGGCAAACGUGGAGCUCCACACCUUCCAGGAGCUGAAGAAACAGGAAGACCACGCCAUUCCACGCAGGAAGGAGGCCCUGAGAGAGGAUGUUCAGAGGCAACAGGAGAGAGAAAAAGAGCUGCAGCAGAGAUUCGCAGACCUUCUCCUGGAGAAACAGACGCUCUCGCAGAAGUUCUGAGCGUCUCCUGUAGUCAGUACAGUAGCUGUGUGUGCUCAUCCUAAAGUCUACCCUUCCCGUCCCGCUUCAGUGUGCACAUCAGCAUGUUUUACAUCUGUACUGUGUGGAUCCUUCUCUUUCUGCUGUAAUCAACUGCUUUCAGCUUCUUAAUGUCCCACCGGGAUCUAAUUCACAGAUUCUUGUUUUUAAAAGUGAUUUUCAUUUUACUUGUGCAGUGUAAAUAUCUGUUUUCCAGUACAUUUUUUCUCAUGUCAAGCCAUUUUUAGGUUUGUUCUGAAUAUAAGACGCUUUUGCUCCUUUUCAGGUGUAAAUUGGAAUGUCUGGUAUUGAAAAUGUACCUUUACAAAAUAAAUCAUCAGCACUGAGUUGCUCCGAGCUGUGAAUGAGUGGCACGUUUGUCAAAAGCUUUCAUUCUCAAAUCUUAUGUGUGCUUCAAAUUUGGCCUUCUGUGAUCGACUAUGCACAUGUGAGAAGUAAUGCAGUGUGGUGGUGAUAGUAUUGAUUCUUAAUUUAAGUUUUGGAAGAAAAAAAUAGGUAGUUUAUUAUUAUUAUUUUUUUUACUGGGUACUGUGUUAUUUUAACAAAUUCAGUCUGGUAUUAGUGCAAAAACAGCUUCAAUUCAGUUCAAAAUAAAAACUAAUAUCAUGGUUUCAUGACUUUACAUUUGAUUAAAUAUCAAUAAACACAAAGAUGGCUUGUUUAAUUUAAACAACUGUACAAUAAUGUUUGUUUGCUUGCUUCAUUGCAAUCAGAAACAGUCAGAUUUGCAUUAUGGUGUGUAACAAACCACACUGUAUGUGAGAUUGAUAAGAUCUGUUUGGAAGUGUUUGUGAAUGUUGAUUUGAGCUCAUCUGUAGGAUCGGAGGUAUUUGGUGUCUCUUGUCUGUCUUCAGAGGAAUGUGUCUUGAUAUUUCAGAAACUAUGAGGUGUAAAGAGUACUUGUAAUGGACUCAUUUUACUCAAGUAUGGUUUUCAUGUUACAUGUCACCAAUUCCAAUACGACUUGAGUAAAAGUCUUAAACGUCUACAGACA